GGAUUGGAUUAGGUAUUUGUGAUACAACUUAAGAAGAUAUAGUUUUAUAUCCUAUUAAAUCAAUAUUCUAAAGGUUUUUCUAAAUUUAUUCAUCCAUAAAAAUAGUAUUAUAAAUUAAAUUAGAUCAACGAUUUCAUUCAUUUUUGCUAAUUUUAAUGUACUAUAAUAUAGGAUAUACUGAUGGAUAAAGAGUUGAAGCCUCCUUAAUUCAACCUAAGGAUAGGCUAAUUUGGGACAAAGAAAUUGUAACAAUUGAGAAGUAAAGUAAGAUCAUAUAGGGUGAAAUCAAGAUUGUAAGAUAUGAGAUUAGGUUUAGGAUAUUAAAGAGAAAAAUUCAUAUAAGAAGGAAUUAGCAACAGAUCUUAAUUGGGAUGAGAAAUUUAAUUAAUGA